GCAAACCCUAGCGCCCGAGGUGGAGGAGUGCAGUGCGAAGCGAAGCCGCCCCGCCGCCGCCGCCCUGCGCUGCACGGUGCUAGCUCGCCGCCGGCCGUCUCGCGCGAAGAAACGUUGCAAGAGUUAUCAGAAGAUGUAUACCGCAAGGAGGAAGAUCCAGAAGGACAAGGGUCUGGAGCCAACUGAGUUUGAGGACACUGUUGCUCAGGCAUUUUUCGACCUUGAGAAUGCGAAUCAGGAGCUGAAGAGUGAGUUGAAGGACCUUUACAUCAAUGGAGCAGUUCAGAUGGAUAUAGCUGGAAACAGGAAGGCUGUUGUGAUUCAUGUUCCAUACAGGCUGCGUAAGGCGUAUAAGAAGAUCCAUGUGAGGCUUGUUAGGGAACUUGAGAAGAAGUUCAGUGGGAAGGAUGUGGUUCUGAUUGCAACUAGAAGAAUAGUGAGGCCCCCGAAGAAAGGAUCAGCUGUUGUUCGUCCUCGUACCCGCACACUUACUGCUGUUCAUGAUGGCAUUUUGGAGGAUGUUGUGUAUCCAGCAGAGAUUGUUGGGAAGCGUGUGAGAUACCACUUGGAUGGCAGAAAAAUCAUGAAGAUUUUCCUGGACCCGAAGGAGCGCAACAACACCGAGUACAAGCUCGACACUUUCAGCUCAGUCUACAGGAGGCUCUGUGGGAAGGAUGUUGUGUUUGACUACCCCAUGUCCGAGAGCGCGUAAAGCACGUCAUAGUUAGUCUGAAUGGCUAUCCUAGUCCUCAAAUCAAAUGCUACUCUUCCUAAAACAGAUUGCACUGUGGUUAAAUGCUAAAAGUUUUGACAGUCCUGUGAUCUGCAUAUCUGGUUGCUAGAACUGAUUUAAAAUUUCUCAGGUGUUCCCGACUACAGCUGAAGACUUGUUGCUCUGUUCACUGGUAGUAUAUUUUAACGUGCAAAUAAUCGCGUUUCAGA